AUGGAACAAGGAGACAUAGUCGAAUAUCUCACUAGAUUAUUCAAUGGAAUGCAGACAAAACCGUCUCCCGAUGGGAUUGAGUUCGUCUGGAACUGUCUGAAAGUCGACCCAUCACAGAGGAUCAAUGCUUAUGGAGCGAAGACGCAUGCAUGGCUUUGUCCUCUGAAGAGGAAUCGGGAACUGUUCAAACGAAUGGAUUCUCGAACACUGGCUUCUUGGAAACCUCAAGAUAAGCUCAAACCGAUGCCUUGGGUGUUACCUGAUCUUGCACUGAGCAACUCACCAACACCUACAAGAAGCCCAGGCUCAUCAAUCAGCCAAUACUUCACGACGACACCUAUGCGCUUUGAAACUACCACCAGAAAGUCCAGAGACCGCGUUCUGGGGAUAGCCGCAGAAUCUGACACAGGAAUUGCCACAAGCAAGACUACCUCUUCUUUCUCGGUGCCGCCGCGCCCAUGCGGCACUCUACGAGAGUCUGCGACAAAUCCCAAGAAGCCUCAACCUCCUUGGCAAGGGUUUCGUAACACUAACGGUUCAGCGAACACUGGAUUCCCAUCAAAACGCAGAAGAGUCCCAAGAGCUAGGACUCAUGAUAAUGCGAAUGUUGCCCUACCUGGGUUAGAGAGACAUCUAAGAUCACCUAACAACCCCAAUCCUCGUUAUAGGCAAAACGUUCUUUCGGCUCUCGAGAGGACGAAGUCAAAGUUCCUCACAGACAGCAUCUCUCCUGUUUCGAGGACUCCUUUAGAUGCUCUCGCUUCAAAUGCAUUUGUUCCACCACCAAGCCCUAAGAAACGGAAGAGCAAGUGCGAUGUGAGGCACAAGGAAUCGGGCGGAGCUAAUAUGCGGCACCUCACAUUCCGCUGA